GCGGCGGCGGCCCCGCUCCGGGCGGGCGGCGGAGCGGCGGAUCGGAGCGGCGGAGGGACGCGGCCAUGCUGCUGGACGCCGGCCCGCAGUUCCCGGCGCUCGGCGUGGGCACCUUCGCCCGGCACCACCACUCGGCCGCGGCCGAGAUGCAGGAGCGGGAGCUGAGCCUGGCGGCGCAGAACGGCUUCGUGGACUCGGCGCACAUGGGCGCCUUCAAGCUGAACGCGGCCCCGCACGACCUCGCCGCCGGGCAGAGCUCCGCGUUCACCCCCCAGGCGCCCGGUUACCCCGCGGCCGCGCUGGGGCCGCACGCCGCGCACGUCGGCUCCUACUCGGGGCCGCCCUUCAACUCCACCCGGGACUUCUUGUUUCGCAGCCGCGGCUUCGGGGAGGCGGCGGCGGGCGGCGGGCAGCACGGCAUCUUCGGGCCGGCGGCCGGCGGCCUGCACCACCCGCACACGGACGCUCAGAGCCACCUCCUGUUCCCCGGCAUCCACGAGCAGCACGGCCCGCACGCCUCGCAGAACGUCCUCAACGGACAGAUGCGGCUGGGGCUGCCCGGGGAGGUGUUCGCCCGCUCCGAGCAGUACCGCCAGGUCGCCAGCCCCAGGACUGACCCCUACGCGGCGGCGCAGCUGCACAACCAGUACGGCCCCAUGAAUAUGAACGUGGGCAUGAACGUGGCGGCCCACCAUCACCACCACCCCGGUGCCUUUUUCCGCUACAUGCGGCAGCAGUGCAUCAAGCAGGAGCUGAUCUGCAAGUGGAUCGACCCCGAGCAGCUGAGCAACCCCAAAAAAAGUUGCAAUAAAACUUUCAGCACCAUGCACGAGCUGGUCACCCACGUCUCGGUGGAGCACGUCGGGGGGCCCGAGCAGAGCAACCACGUCUGCUACUGGGAGGAGUGUCCCCGAGAGGGCAAAUCCUUCAAGGCGAAGUACAAACUGGUCAACCACAUUCGGGUGCACACGGGGGAGAAGCCCUUCCCUUGCCCCUUCCCCGGCUGCGGGAAGGUCUUCGCCAGGUCGGAGAACCUCAAGAUCCACAAACGGACGCAUACAGGUGAGAAGCCCUUCAAGUGCGAGUUUGAGGGCUGCGACCGGCGCUUCGCCAACAGCAGCGACCGCAAGAAGCACAUGCACGUGCACACGUCGGACAAGCCGUACCUGUGCAAGAUGUGCGACAAGUCCUACACGCACCCCAGCUCCCUGCGGAAGCACAUGAAGGUUCACGAGUCGUCCCCGCAAGGCUCCGAGUCCUCGCCGGCCGCCAGCUCCGGCUACGAGUCCUCCACGCCCCCGGGGCUGGUGUCCCCCAGCGCCGAGCCGCAGAGCUCCACCAAUCUCUCCCCGGCGGCGGCGGCUGCGGCGGCGGCGGCGGCGGCGGCCGUGACCGCCGUGCACCGGAGCGGCGGCGGCGGAGGCGGAGGAGGGAGCGGCGGAGGCGGCGGAGGCCACAGCGGCCUCUCCUCCAACUUCAACGAGUGGUACGUGUAGGGCCGCCGGACUGCUCUGCGGCCCCGCCGCCACCGCCCAUCCCGGGCUGGAGGAAGCGCUCCCGGAGCCCCGCUCCGUACAGAGCUCCCUGCGCUGCCGGUCCGCGGCCAUCAGUCGGAAUCGUUUCUGUUUUGUUUUUGUUUUUGUUUUUUUUAAUUAUUAUUAUUAUUAUUAUUUACGAACGCUUUAAACCAGCAAAACAAAAAAAAAUGAAGAAAAAAAAAGAAAAAAAAAAAAAGAAAUUUCUAUGUAACUGCGUGCUGGGAAACGCGAGGGAACAACUCACGAAAGAGAGGAACGGAAAGGAGAAGAAGAGAGGGGAUAAACACAACGCAAACGGUGCCCUGUGGAAGCCCCCGGGGGCGGCGGAGCGCGGUGCUCCCUCCGGAGCGGCGGACAAAGCAGCGCCGCGGCCCGGCCGGCCCUGAGAGCGAGAGGAUCGGCCCUGCUGAGCCCCGAGCCCUCCUCUCCCUCCUCCUUCGAUUUCCCUCCGAAGAAGCGAAGGACUUUGUUUCUUUUCUUCCUCACUCCCCUCCUUCCCUUUCCCCUCCCCCCCCC